AGGAGCGAGAAAUGCAAACUCUUGCAGGUUGCUCUCUGACUCUCCUCUUCCUCUGAUCCCUUUCAGCUGCCUCGACCUCCACACCAUGAACAGCACCCUGAGAGAUGCCCAGGCCCCGAGCCACCGGGAGUGCCUACUGCCUUCUGUGGCCCGGACUCCCUCUGUCACCCAGAUCACACCAGCCAAGAAGAUAACCUUCCUCAAGAGAGGGGAUCCCCGGUUUGCUGGGGUUCGCUUGGCUGUUGACCAGCGUGCUUUCAAGAGCUUCGGUGCCCUGAUGGAUGAGCUCUCUCAGCGCAUGCCUCUCUCCUUUGGGGUGCGCUCUGUCACUACGCCCCGGGGCCUGCAUGGCCUCAGUGCCCUGGAACAGCUGGAAGAUGGUGGCUGCUACCUCUGCUCUGAUAAGAAGCCCCCCAAAACACCCAGUGGACCAGGCUGGCCACAAGGGGGAACCUCAUCUGCUCAGCAGUCAAGGGAAUUUGAAAGCCGGGGUGAGGCGCCAGGAACAUCCUCUUCCUGCAAGGGUCCUAAGGCCCCAAGAAGGAUAAUGCUGAUUAAGAAUGGGGACCCUAGGUUCCAGAAGACAGUGGUUCUCAGUCACAGAAAUACAAGGAACCUGACGGCCUUUCUCAGCAAAGCCUCAGAUCUUCUGCACUUUCCUGUGAAACAGGUGUAUACGACCAGUGGAGAAAAGGUGGACUCUUGGAACGGUCUACUGCACAGCCCCUCGGUGCUAGUAUGUGCUGGUUAUGAGUCCUUCAAACCUCUGGCAAUGGAAGAUUCCAGAAGAUAUGGGAUUGAAACUUUAUCUGGGCAGACUUCAAGAAAUAAAACUGGAAGCUGGGGGCCAAAAGCCAAGCAGAGUGUGAUCCACUCAAGGUCCAGGUCGGGCAGUCGGCCACGGCGGUUUUCCUUGCUGUCGGAGAGGUCUGGUCUCAGUGACCCCCCAGUGUCCCUGCAUCACGCCCAGAUGGGCCCUGCUUCUGAAAGAUAUCCUCAGGACACACCCACCCAGCUUGGCCCAUUGGUGGCCAGUGAUGAUGUUGAGAAAAAGGUCCACAUAAAUGAGGAUGGCAGCCUGUCUGUAGAGAUGAAAGUCCGUUUCCACCUACUUGGCGAGGAUGCACUUCUGUGGUCCAGGAGGGUGGGCAGGGCCAGUGUCCUCACGGCAGCCAAUGGAGAGGUCCCUGUUCUGGGGGAGGUGGAUCCCCUCCACUGUGUGUGUGAGAGUCACCCUGGGGGCUCCUCGGAACCUGGAACACAAGGACUAGGGACCUGUGAGGCAGGAUGUGAGAAAGCCCUUGGCCGAGGCCGGUGGAAGCCAGGGUCUAGAUAUGAGAUAUGGAUGAACCCCCUGUACUCUGCCCAGGAAGAGAGGAUGGCCUCUCAGAGGAGAUCCAGGUUGACCCAACACUCCUAUUCCAGGAGGCCCUGGAGCCAAGGAGUCACCGGAAGGAAACGAAGCAGGAAAGACAGUGUCAGCCCUGACUCCAGUGACAGACCCCCCAAAGACUCUGAGCCCAACUCCUCCUGCUGCUCUAGGUCUCUGGAGGGCAGCGUGGACAGCUGUGACCUACAUGCGGCCUCUGGGGCUGCCUCCCAGACAGAAGCAGGGAGGGAAGCUGGCAGCAUGUGCAGGACUAGUAAAGACCCGGGUCCACAGGGAACAGGGCAGGACAGAGAGCACCAUAGAUGCCUGAAGCAGCAGAGUGGAGGCACGGCAGGUGUUACUUGUGAGUCCUCAGGGAGUGCUGGGUCUCAUGAGGAGUCCAGUGAAAUGGGUGAGCAGCACCAGGGCUGCCUAAGCAAGACAAGUGUCAUGACUACUUCCCGGCCAAAGGCCACUCAGAGGAAAGGCUCCAGUCCUCCCACAGUGAGUCCCUCAUCUUUGAGGAACAAGGACUCACAGGCAGAGGAAAUCCCAGGCAGAAGAAAGCAGGAAGGCAGAUCCAGGGCUGUGUCCUCUCCCAGCAUUUCCAGCCACAGCCGAGGGGCCCGGAUAGACCACCCCAGGCGGCACCCCAACCGAAGGGACAUCUACUGUCCGCUUGACUCAGCUGUUCCCAGGCAAGUGCCGGGGCCUUCUAGUGGAGGCAGGGCCUGUCCAGAUAACCCAGCACCACACCUUUCUGGAAGCUCACCUACUGCCAGGAACCAGGCUUCCUGGGACGCAGGGCCUCCCUCCUCUGCCUCUCUUCAUUCCCAGGAUGUACAGGGGAUUAGCAGUGCUCUCAUGACCCCUGUGAGCAAUUCUGACUGUACUUCCAAUUUCUAUCCCCCAUACUCUCCCUCUGCUGAGACUGAAGGUCACUCUGAGCUCAGGGCACGGUCACCAGCUCCCUCACCUUCCAACACAUCAGACCCUUUGAGCAUCCAAGCUGAUGGCCUGGACAAAAAGGCAGGGAAUGACCUUCCCAAGCCUUCCUGGCCUUUAGUUCCACCAGUUGGAGAGCCUGAGGGAGGGAUGCCAGGAGCCCACCGAGACUGCUGCUGCUCACCAAUCAGCACACCCCUGUUCCAUGAGACCCCCAGUGAUAACACUCAGACCCUACAGACCUCCCAGCCAUCAGGCAGCCAGGGGCCCUCCUCUGAGGUCUCCUUGGUAUGCAGCAGGUACUGUCCCACCCCCCCGAGGACAUGGCCUUUUGUCAAGAAACACCCUUCAGGCAGCAGUAGCCUUGGUGCUGACUGGGAGCCAGACGGGAGAAAGCUGGAGGAGGAAAAGCUAGAUGCACGGCCCCCACGGCCCCCGGGGUCUCAGUCAGGGGCCAUGGGGAAAGCAGUCAAAGCCUUGAGAAAGGGCAGCUCUAGCUGUGGUCCCAGGUCUGGGAGAAUGUUACAGGGGAAGGUUGCUGGUGGAGGGGAAAGCCUGGAGGAGCAAGAGGAAGAUGGCAGAAUGAUGCUGGGUGCCCUACCCCGAGCCUCACCAGAUGCUGUGGUCCGUGAAUGGCUGAGCAACAUCCCGGAGGAGCCCAUACCCAUGAAAUGUGAGACGGUGGAUGAGAGUACAGUUGUGGUGGGGGGUGAUCCAGAAGGCCCCAAGGAGGACAAUGCUGACAAACAUUCCCAGGAAGGUCUAGGGGAGCCAGUUCUGGCCAGACAACUGUCCCAUGAAGGGGUCACCAGUGAAAAAGCAGAAUCAGAUGGUGCCCUCCCAGUGACUAGUGAUGCUCAUUCCAAGUCAGGAGAGGGCCAUCCUUGUAGCAGAGUUUCAGAAGUCCCCAGGGAGACUGGAUCAGGCAAAGGAAUGGCUGUGGACUGCGGUGUGGGCCAGUGUGUGCUUCCUCACAAGGUCUCUGCCUCCAUACAGAUCAUGAAGGUGCUGAUGGGCUCCAAGCAGGGCCGGCCCAGCAGUCUGCCUGAGGUGUCCAGUACAGUGGGCAGGAGGCUUAGCCACUCUGCCCGGGCCCUUAUCACCUGUCUUGCUGGGCUCCACUUCUUUGAUGAAGACCUUAGGUCUCCUACUGACAAAGUGAGGUUCACAGAGUCUCCUCGGUACCAGGAGCUCCUGAGCACCUUCCAGGCCCUAUGGCCAGGGUGUGGCUGCAGGCAAGGUGAGCUGGAUUCUGGCCUCUGGGAGCUUGGCUGGUGCAAGGCUCUGCCAGGCCUCAGGUCCCAUGUCAUGACUGAGGACUUCACACCAACAUCCUCAUCUGGUGUGGAUGUUGGCAGUGGCUCCGGAGGCUCAGGGGAGGGCACUGGACCCUGUGCCAUGGACAGCGCCCUGGUCCCUGAGAGGAUAGAGCUGCCCUUGAAAAUCCCCUCCCAGAGGCCUGAUUCUAGAACCUCCAAGAACCAAGAGGAUCCAGAAAAACAGCAGUCCAGUGUUUCUACAGCCUCUUCAAACUCCCAAGAAUGGGCUUGUGCCACCAGGAAAGACAAGGCAGAAAGAAACAGUGGGGAGCAGGUGCUGGACAGUAACCUGGAUCAAGUAGUUGAAAACGCAAUGCAAGAAGAGGAGGUACAACUAGAGAAAGUUGAAGAAGAAAAAGAAAUAGCAGAACUGCCAGGAGAGGGUGUCCAAGGAUCUGCAGAAGAGGGAAGAGUCAUGGGACAAGAAUUGUCAGAGGCUGACUCUGACGAUGGGGAAGGUGCACAGGAAGAUAAGAGUGUGCAGGAAGAGGAAGCAGGAGGAGACCCUGCCUCCACCACACUUUGCCCUCCAGGGACAAGAGAGAAACCACCAGAGCCCCCUAGGAGCCCUAGCAGGAGGGAUCCAGAUGCCAGCGAAAGUCAGAGUGGCCCCAACAAUGAGCCUGGCUUGGAGAAGCCACCCCAAACAACUGAGACAAGCCAUGAGCAAACCCAGACCAAGUUCUUGCAGGGGCCUGGGGAGAAGAGCUCUUCUACAGCCUGCAGAGUGUCCCUGGAUCCUGACAUCCUCUGGGUGACCAAGUUGCUAAAGAGGAUGGAGAAAGCUUUCAUGGCUGACCUUGCCAGAGCCACAGCCGAGAUCCGAGCCCGCUGGAGCCUGCAGAGCAAUGACCUUCUGGACCAAAUGGUGGCAGAGUUACAGCAGGAUGUGGGCCAGCGGCUCCAGGAUAGCACUGAGAAAGAACUCCACAAGAUCCAGAGCCGGGCAGCGGGGAGGAUGCCAGGGCCAGCGAGGGAAGCCCUCAGGUGGGAGAUGUCCCUGCAGACAGAGCAGCGCAGGCGUCGUCUCCGGGACCUGCGCAACCUCUCGGCUUUCUCAGAGCAGGCUCGAAGCCAGGGGAUCCUGUCCUUCCCUGUGGAGGAUGUGCCAACCCUCCAUGGAGCCCUGGGGACCUGGCUGGUUGGGGAGCCUGAGGGGGAGGAGUUUUGUCCCUGUGAGGCCUGCAUGAGAAAGAAAGUGAUCCCUACAUCCCCGAAAGACACAAAGGGGGUAACCAGCGCACCCAUCAAAAAGGCCUUUGACCUGCAGCACAUUCUGCAAAAGAAGAAAGGAGGGUGUGCUAAUGGGGAGGCAGCAGAGACAGUCCCAGAGAAGAGAGAGAUGGAGCUUCUCCAGGGGAACGCCUCAGGGAUAGGGACUAUUGACAAUGAAGGCCUGGAGCUGGGGUUAGGCCAGGAUCCUGGGACAGAGGAGGGGGGUGAGGAUGAGAGCAGCCAGAGCCUUGGCAGGGAUGGACACCCCCAAGUGGGAGAGGAGGGUGAAGUUUCUCAGAAUGGAGAAGAGAAAACAAAACCCCGGCAAGGCAGUGUCUUUGAGGGAGUGGGCAGGGAGGAGCAGGGCUUUGGUGAGAAGGAUGAAAACACAGAGAAGGGCUCUAGAGCUGAAGGCAGUUUGGAAGGUGAAGCCUGGGGAGAAGGUGACCAAAGUCCAGAGGGACAGAAUGAUGGUGCUGUAACUACAGAGGGAGACAGGAAGCCAGAGUCAGUGGGAGGAGAUCAAGGUGAGAAAGAAGGUAGCUCACAAGCUGUCUGGGUGCAGGGCCAACAAGGUGAAACUUCUGGAAACAGCAGCCCAGACAAAGAGGGGAAGCCAGCAAUGCUCCCUACCCCAGAUGGAGACACCCCCUGCCAAAGGUCAGGCUGGAAAGCAGGCCUUGCCUCCUCCAGCACCUUUUCUCUGGGAAAUUGCUCUCAGCUCUCUCAGAAAGGCUCUGAAGAAAAGCCUUCGAAUGGAGACAUGAGGAGCAUCGAAGAUGAGUCCAAGGGAAUCCCCAGUCCAGAGAGAAAAGUCACAGGCAUGUAUCCAGAAAGCUCCACUUCUGAGCAAGAAGUGGCACCCUUGGGCCCAAGGACUCCAGAGCAGGAGGUAGGUGAGGCCUCUGGCCUAGAAGCUGAGAAUGUAAUUGAAAGUCUCUCUUUCACAGAAAUGAGGUCUAAAAACCUCACCAAGGACAGGACAGAUGGCUUUGGCCAAGAUGACUUAGAUUUCUAG